AUGGCCAACGCUGACGUCGUCGCUUAUAACAUCGCCGCCUUUAUUGCCACCCUCUUUCUGUUAGAAUUUGGCGCAGAUAAAUUCAUUGACCAUACUGCUGUUGUUGCUUAUCGCAUUAACAUUCCUGAAACCGUUAUUGGCCUGGUUACUGCUGGAGGAGAGUGGGAAGAGCUCGCUGUUGUUAUUGCAUCACUCGCAAGCAAUCGCGCGUCUCUAGCCAUUGGCAACAUCGUUGGCUCCGCUAUCUCGAACAUCCUAGGCGCAUUUUCCCUCGGCCUCUUGUUCCACGACAAGCACAAGCCGAUUCACUUCGACCGAAGCUCGCGGAUAUAUUCGCUCGUCCUGCUCGUCUUAACCACCUUCGUAGCGCCCAUCACAUAUUUUUCAACGAGGACAAUAUGGCUAGUUUGCGGCUCCAUCUUAAUCGUAUUCUUCGCCAUCUACAUUGGGUCCGUGGGGUGGGCAAUCAGUAAAGGGACUCUGACUGCUCCAGAGGACUCCGAAAGCGACGGUAGCAGCGACGAUGAGAGCAGUGACGGGGAAAGCACAACUGAUAUCGCAGAGAGGAUCCCCGCCGGCGCAGAUCGAUAUGAAGAUGAAACGAGCGGACCGGCUCGAGUCGAGCCAAAUGAACAAACGAAUCCAGAUGCCAGCUCAAUAACUCUAAGACCGCCUGGGACAAGUCACAGGAAGCGCCGCACCUUACGUUACCAUCUAUUCUACCUGUUCCUCGGUUUCCUCGCUAUCUGUCUUGCUGGCUACGUACUCUCUCACGCCGCCAUCAACAUUAUCGAUGAAUUCGGUAUUUCGGAUGUGCUUUUUGGUGUCGUCAUUCUCGCAAUCGCCACAACUCUUCCCGAAAAGUUUGUCGCUGUGAUGAGCGGGCACCGAGGCCAUGCUGGCAUUCUCGUCGCGAAUACAGCCGGCAGUAAUAUAUUCCUGCUCGCACUGUGCUCUGGAAUCGUCAUGCUUGAUACCUCGGGGAAGUUUGAACGAGGCAACGUAAGCAUCCCGGAACUAGGGGUAUUGUGGUGUUCAACGCUUGCGUUCACCGUGACAGUCUGGUUUGGCGGAAGAUUUUGUCGGUGGAUUGGAUUUGGGAUGCUGAUCGCUUAUAUUGCUUUCAUAGUGCUGGAAUUUACAGUGAUCCAUGGUGUGGCUAAUGGUAAUUAGAUACUCUAAAAUGAUCACAUACUUUACUUCC